GAGUUUUCUCACUCCUAAACCUCAGGCAGAGACCAGCUGAAACGAACUUAAGCUCCUAUUUGGCGCGAAUUACCAUUCCAAAGGUCCCAUUUCCACAGAGAGAGAGAGAGAGAGAGAGAGAGAGAGAGAGAGCUGAGAGAGUUUCUAACAAUGGCGGAUACAUCGCUUGAGCCAUCCAGCUUCUGGACUCAGGCAAACGCUUUGCUCAGAAAGAAUUUGACUUUUCAGAGACGGAAUAUGAGGACAAAUGUUCGACUCAUCUUGUUCCCAUUCAUACUCAUUUUGUUACUUGUUAACAUCCAAACUUUGGUCAACAGAGAAUUGGAUAAACCAUCAAACAGGUGUGGCUGCACUUGUGUUGAAAAUAAUGCGAAUGGUGGUUGUACUAGGAGAGUUUGUGGGAUUGAAUACUCAACUUUGGACCAAGGCACCACCUGCCCCAUUCCUAGCCCACCAGAAUGGCCUCCCUUGUUGCAAAUACCUGCUCCACAAUAUCGUGCAGUGAGGACUGAUUUCUUAUCAGAUGCAGACUUUCCUGAUGGAUCAUGCAAGAAUACAGGGUCCUGUCCAGCAACUGUACUUCUGACUGGGAUUAAUCAAACUCUUGGACUAGGUGUGGCUGGAAAUAUGUUCUCAAGUUCAUCCACUCUGAAUUCCUCUGAUAUUUUGUACAGUUUAGCCAAUAAUGGCUUGGGGUCAGCAUCAAAGACUGAGUUAACCAAUUUUCUUGAGCCGGCUUUCUUUUCGAACGAGCCAGUCUAUGAUCUUCAACCCCAGUGUGCUGCAAACUCAGGGUUUACUUUUCCCCUUCAACUCGGUUCCACAGAAGUACAGCAGGAGGCAAGAUGUGUUCAAGGUUUGCAUUUGUGGCGCAAUAGUUCUACUGACAUUAAUGAUGAGCUAUUUAAGGGUUAUAGGAAGGGGAAUUCAGAGAGGCAGAUUAAUGAGAUAAUAGCAGCUUAUGAUUUCUUGAACUCAAACGGGAGUAGUUAUAACGUCAGCAUAUGGUACAAUUCUACAUACAAGAACGACACGGGUAAUGCUCCUCUCGCACUGAUGCGGAUUCCUCGCUCUGUGAAUUUGGUGUCAAAUGCCUACCUCCAGUUUUUGCUUGGGCCUGCUACAAAAAUGCUUUUUGAAUUUGUCAAGGAAAUGCCCAAGCCAGCAACACAAGUCAAGCUGGAUUUUUCUUCUCUUCUUGGACCACUCUUUUUUACAUGGGUCAUAAUACAACUAUUUCCUGUUGUGUUGGCAUCUCUGGUUUAUGAGAAGCAACAGAAUCUGAGAAUUAUGAUGAAAAUGCAUGGGCUUGGCGAUGGCCCUUAUUGGAUGAUUUCUUAUGCUUAUUUUCUUGUCGUAUCCUCAAUAUACAUGUUUGGUUUUGUGUUAUUUGGCUCAAUUGUAGGGAUAAAAUUUUUCACGUUGAAUGAUUACAGCAUCCAGUUUGUGUUUUAUUUCAUCUACAUAAACUUACAAAUCGCAGUGGCCUUUCUGGCUGCUGCAUUUUUCUCCAAUGUGAAGACUGCUACAGUGUUGGGGUACAUAUUGGUCUUUGGAACUGGGCUCUUGGGAGGCUUUCUUUUCCAGUUCUUUCUUCAAGAUACAUCCUUCCCAAAGGCUUGGAUUAUUGUUAUGGAGUUAUACCCUGGAUUUUCUCUUUAUCGUGGAUUAUAUGAGUUGGGAGAUUAUUCUUUCACGGGAAACGCUAUUGGAACUGAUGGAAUGCGAUGGAAAAACCUAAGUGAUAGCACUAAUGGGAUGAGAGAGAUCUUAAUCAUCAUGUUUGUGGAAUGGUUGCUGGUUGUUAUUGUUGCAUAUUAUGUAGACCAAGUUGUAUCAUCAGGAAAAGGAUAUCUAUUUUUCUUGGAAAACUUCAGAAGAAAACCUUCAUCGUCUUUCCGGAGACCUAGUUUGCGGAGGCAGGAAUCAAAAGUGUUUGUACAGAUGGAGAAACCUGAUGUUGCCCAAGAGAGAGAGAAGGUUGAACAGUUGCUACUUGAACCAAGCGCAAGUGAAGCCAUUCUCUGUGAUGACCUCAAAAAGGUAUAUCCUGGGAGGGACGGGAACCCAGAGAAAUUUGCAGUUAGAGGGUUGUCACUUGCUUUGUCUCAAGGAGAAUGCUUUGGUAUGCUUGGUCCAAAUGGUGCAGGCAAAACCUCUUUCAUUAAUAUGAUGAUUGGGCUCAUAAAACCAAGUUCUGGCACGGCAUAUGUUCAGGGUCUAGAUAUAAAAAAGCAUAUGGAUGGAAUCUAUGCCAACAUGGGUGUAUGUCCUCAGCAUGACUUGCUGUGGGAAACGCUAACUGGAAGAGAACACUUACUUUUUUAUGGAAGGCUUAAAAACCUUAAAGGUGCUGCCUUAAUCCAAGCAGUGGAAGAAUCUCUGAAGGGUGUCAAUCUAUUUUAUGGUGGUGUUGCCGACAAACAAGCUGGGAAAUACAGUGGAGGAAUGAAAAGGAGGCUUAGUGUCGCUAUCUCAUUAAUUGGGGAUCCCAAAGUUGUCUAUAUGGAUGAGCCCAGCACUGGAUUGGAUCCAGCUUCAAGAAAUAGUUUAUGGAAUGUCGUGAAGCGUGCAAAGCAAAACAGAGCAAUUAUUCUCACCACACAUUCAAUGGAAGAGGCAGAGCAUCUAUGUGAUCGAUUAGGAAUUUUCGUGGAUGGAAGCUUGCAAUGUAUAGGAAAUCCAAAAGAGCUUAAGGGUAGAUAUGGAGGCUCAUAUGUAUUUACAAUGACAACGUCGGCAAAUCAUGAGGAGCAGGUGGAGAACUUGGUACGACGUCUCUCCCCAAAUGCUAACAGAAUAUACCAAAUAUCCGGGACGCAGAAGUUUGAGCUGCCAAAAAAUGAGGUCAGAAUUGCAGAGGUUUUCCAAGCUGUUGAGAAGGCAAAGAGCAAGUUUACUGUUCAAGCGUGGGGUUUGGCGGACACAACUUUGGAGGAUGUCUUUAUCAAGGUCGCACGUAGUGCACAGGCAUUCAACGUUCUCUCAUGAUUGUCACCAAUCCUAGGUUUUUUGUUGUUGUUCUAAUCCCUUAGUAAUAUUAUUUUGUAAGGAUCGACAUUUUUGAUAGUUUUGUACAAUCAUGGAUUCAUAGCUGUUUUAGAUGUUGUGCACUUGUAUUCUUUAUAUAAUAAAUAAAAUAUGUAUCUUGUAUUAUAAUAUGAAAUUUUCUUGUAU